AUGAUGGGUGAGGUGAAGGAAUCCCUUCGAAGUGUGGAGCAGAAGUACCAGCUCUUCCAGCAGCAGCAGUUCACCUUCAUUGCUGCCCUGGAGCACUGCAGGGAGAAUGCCCACGCCAAGAUCCGGCCCAUCUCCAGCAUCGGGCAGGUGGAGGCUCGUGCCCUCCCGACAUGGCGAACCUACCUCAGCUGCCACGAGGCCAGGAACCACUGUGGAGGAGUGGUCAGCCUCAUCCCCGUCGUCCUAGAUGUGAUGAAAGAAUGGGUCGCCCACUCGGAGAAGCUGCCCCGCAAAGCACUGCAGCACGUGAGUGAGCCCCAGGCCACAGGCACCCAGCCUCGGCUAAGAAAAGACAAGUGUGGGCAACCGACACAGGACAGCCUCAAACCUAUAGGGGCAAAACAGUGUUCAAAACUGCCCUGGAGACCAGCUGGUGGGAAACUGUAA